AUGAUGCCUGCUGCUUCCCCCCACGCCCGCAUGUACCCCGUGUACGUACCCCGUGUACUGGGUACCUUGGUACCUCUCGUCCAACGCACACAUCCUCGCCGUCCGCCGUCAGACCCUACCGCCCAGCGUCGCCGGUUCGCUUCCUCGCACCGCUUCCUCGCUCGUGCACGCGUACCCUCGCUCCUUCGCUCGCACCCUCGACGCCUCGAUUCGAUUCCCGCUCGUCGGCGUUGCACGACCGCUCCCUCCGCCGUGCGAGAACCCGAUCCGUCUGACAAAAGUCGACCCGAGCCCGCCCUCGGUUGGACCAUCGCCGUCGACGACCUUGCCGCAUCCUCCCCGUCGGUCGGUCGAUCGAUCGCCCCGGAGACUCGACCGCCUCCUCGACCGCCUCCUCGACCCCCUUCCUCGAGCCCUCUUCGUCCCCGAUCCGUCAUCUGGCACUGGCCGAGCGAGUGA